AUGGGAGAUAAAGGCUUAGUUGAAUGGGAGAUUAUUGGAACCAGGCCAAAGGCCCAAGGUUUUGUUUGCUCACUUUUCCUCCUAAUUCUGAUCAAGUUCUUCCACAAGGUAUGGUUGACUCCAAUCUACAUUCAAUAUGUCAUGAGGUCUCAAGGAGUCAAAGGCCCUUCUUAUGAAUUCUUCCAUGGAAACAACAAAGAGAUGAUUAACCUGAAAAAAAUAUCCAUGAUCCGUCCCAUGGACUUGUCACAUGACAUAUUUUCCAGGAUUCAGCCUCACAUGUACUCGUGGAUCAAGCAAUAUGGGAAGCAUUUUCUUUUUUGGAAUGGUCCUCAAGCUCAAUUGGUUGUUACUGAACCUGAGCUAAUAAAAGAGAUACUAAGCAAUAAAAAUGGUGCAUUUCCAAAAGUUAAACUCCAAAGUCAUGCGAAGAAGUUAAUAGGAGAUGGGCUCGUAGUUACAGAAGGUAAAAAAUGGUCAAAGCUACGCAAACUGGCAAACCAUGCUUUCCAUGCUGAGAGUUUGAAGGAGAUGGUUCCAACAAUGAUUGCAAGUGUAGAAGCAAUGCUCGAAGGAUGGAGACAUAAUGUAGGUAAGGAGACAGAGGUAUAUGAAGCAUUCAGUGUUUUGACAUCAGAAGUGAUAUCAAAGACAGCUUUUGGAAGCAGUUACUUGGAAGGGAAAAGUAUAUUUGAGAUGUUGGAGAAGUUGGGCAUAGUACUUUUCAGAAACGAUGGGAAAGUACGUUUUCCCAUCCCCGAAAAAUUAUACAAAACAGCGGAUGAUAUUGAGUCAGAUGAACUUGAACAAUCACUGCGUAACUCCAUUAUAGCAAUUGUAAAUAAAAGGGAAGAGAAAAUCAAGAAUGGAGAAGCAAAUAGCUAUGGGAAUGAUUUUCUUGGAUCACUGAUAAACAUCUAUCGUGACAAGGAUGAGAAUAACAGGAUUUCGCUAGAUGAUCUGAUUGAUGAGUGCAAGACAUUCUACCUUGCGGGACAUGAAACAACUAGCAGCUCACUAACUUGGGUCAUUCUUCUUCUAGCAAUCCACACAGAUUGGCAACAGAAAGCCAGGGAAGAGGUCCUUGAACUUUUCGGCAAAGAAACUCCCAAUCCUGAGGGAAUCGCGAAAUUAAAGAUUGUCAACAUGAUCAUUUGUGAAACAUUGAGGCUAUACCCUCCAGUUACUACACUUCCAAGAACAGUGAAAAGCAAAGUUAGACUGGGGAAGCUUGUUCUUCCACCUAAUAUAGAGAUUUUUAUUCCACCUCUAGCACUCCACCUGAACCCCGAAAUAUGGGGACGAGAUGCUCACCUCUUUAAGCCAGAGAGAUUUUUGGAAGGGUGGCUAAAGCAACAAAUAACAACAUGA